AUGGCACGAGCCAUUAUUCGACUUACAAAGGAACGUAAUCGCUGCUUAACACAGCUGGCACUUCCGAGAUUGCCCGGUCCCGAAUUAUUAUCGACUAAUUUGUUUCCUAAUUCGCACUCAGUCCGCGCUAGUAGCUCUUCCUCCUCCACAUUGGCUCCCGUAUAUUCACUACCAUCCACUAGACCAUCACCUCUUCACUCCCGAAAACGCUCCGCUCGACACACUCAGUCCCGCAUCUUCAACCGGACUAUCAGCUACGUCGCCAUGAGUUCGUCUACAAAUAAUACAGCAGACCCCGUCGAGAGGACGACUUCUCCUUAUCCAGAUCCUCGUCAACUCGGUCCCAAGUCCCAAAUUCUUGCAACCCGCACCUCCAACUAUCACUCCACCUCGCUCAGAAACAUGGUUACCGCAAACACAGUCAACAAGACCGCCCUCCACCCGGGGGGAGUCCAACCGGUCAAGGAGCACACUGAGCUUGAGGAAGAACUUCACGAAAAGGCACACAUCGACUAUGAUCGUGUUGCUAUUGUUCCCAAUCCAAGUGUCGCUGCUCUCUACGAAGAUGCUCUUGUUUACGAAACCGGUUCCGCCAUCACCUCUACUGGUGCUCUCACUGCGUACUCGGGUGCAAAGACUGGACGAUCACCUCUAGACAAGCGUAUUGUGAAGGAGCCUGGAUCAGAAAACGAGAUCUGGUGGGGACCUGUCAACAAGCCUAUGACCCCAGAUGUCUGGAGAAUCAACAGAGAACGUGCCAUCGACUACUUAAACACAAGAAAUCGCAUUUACGUCGUCGACGGUUUUGCUGGAUGGGAUGAAAAAUACCGCAUCAAGGUCCGAGUCGUCUGCGCUCGUGCCUAUCAUGCUCUCUUCAUGCGAAAUAUGCUUAUCCGACCUGAUCGUAAAGAUCUCGAACAUUUCCACCCAGAUUACACCAUCUACAAUGCCGGUUCUUUCCCAGCCAACAGAUAUACUGAGGGUAUGACUUCUGGAACCUCUGUUGCCAUCAACUUUGCAGACAAGGAGAUGGUUAUCCUAGGAACCGAGUAUGCCGGCGAGAUGAAAAAGGGUGUCUUUACGGUGCUCUUCUACGAAAUGCCAGUAAAACACAACGUUCUCACUCUUCACUCGUCCGCGAACGAAGGCAAGAAUGGGGAUGUUACAGUUUUCUUUGGUCUUUCCGGUACUGGCAAGACUACCCUGUCUGCUGAUCCAAACCGUGCCUUGAUUGGUGAUGACGAGCACUGCUGGAGUGACCGUGGUAUUUUCAACAUCGAGGGUGGAUGCUACGCAAAGACCGUAGGACUCUCCGCUGAGAAGGAGCCAGAUAUCUUCAACGCCAUCAAGUUUGGAUCCGUCCUGGAGAACGUCGUCUUCAGCCCAGAGACCCGUCUUGUUGACUAUGAAGAUACUACCCUUACCGAAAACACCCGAUGUGCUUAUCCUAUUGAGUAUAUUCAUAACGCCAAGAUUCCUUGUCUGUCAGAAAACCACCCAAGCAACAUCAUUCUCCUCACCUGCGAUGCUCGUGGUGUCCUCCCACCAAUUUCCAAGUUGGAUUCGGCCCAGACCAUGUUCCAUUUCAUCUCAGGUUAUACUUCAAAGAUGGCAGGUACCGAGGAUGGUGUUACUGAGCCACAAGCGACCUUUUCAUCCUGCUUCGCGCAGCCUUUCCUGGCUUUACAUCCUAUGCGUUAUGCUAAGAUGUUGGCUGACAAGAUUGAGCACCACCAGGCUAAUGCUUGGUUGUUGAACACCGGAUGGGUUGGCGCUGGUGCGACCACCGGUGGUAAACGUUGCCCAUUGAAAUACACUCGUGCCAUCCUUGACUCCAUCCAUUCUGGAGAGCUCGCAAAGGUCGAGUAUGAGAAUUACGAGACCUUCAACCUCGCUGUACCAAAGAGUUGCAGUGGAGUGCCUUCAGAAUUGUUGAACCCCAGAAACGCAUGGUCCCAGGGCCACGACAGUUUCAAGGAGGAAGUCACCAAGCUCGGUGGUCUUUUCGCAGAGAACUUCAAGAAGUACUCAUCAGAAGCUACGGAAGAAGUCAUCAAGGCGGGGCCAGAUGUCAAAGUCUAA